UAAUAAAUGAAGAGUUUGACUGAGUCAAUGAAGAUCGAUGAUACUUGCAUCAAAGAAGUUCAACAACCAUAAUUUGGAAGAUCUCAGGUUAUUUACAAAGUCCAGAGAGUGUAUACCAUUAAGCGAACCAUUGUUUGACAUUUUGAUACUUUGAGUUAGAAUUUUAUGAUAUGAGAGGAAUAGAACAAAUUCUGAUUAUAGCCCAUCUGUGGAUAAUUAAUGUGCCCAAAAGAUAUCCCUCUCUUGCUAAUUGGCUGGUUCUCAAUCUAAGCUAGGCUAAAUUCAAACAUUUUGCGGUUACAAUUACUAUGGCUGAACUUACAUAAAACUUUCUCUGCUCUGACUGAUCAUCUAGGAAAGAGAACAUGAUCUUACUUGAAAGUGAUCAAGUCGAGAAGAUGGCUAGAAACGCCUAUUAUUUCCAUUGUUUUAAAGAGGAAUUGGGCUACCUGAAGCUUUCUGAUUGGCAUAUUAUAAAGAAGGCUUCACAUAUGAAUUUCUAUUUCCAGCAGAAAAUAUAUCAAAACUUUGUGAAGAAACAGAACUUCCUGGGAUCAUCUACUUCUAAGUGCUUUAACUUGUUUCAAAUGAAAACUGAGGGUGAAAAUAAUGUCGAUUUUCUGAACUUUUCAUUUCCCAAGAAGAUGACUAGUUUAUACAUUGACUCCAACUGGCUUCCUUUGUGGAGCAUUUCUAAUGUCUUAGAGUCAAUCACAAGAAUUAGCACAAAAGUGCUAAAUAGGAUGUGGAUCUAUAACUUUAGAAUUGAUGCUAAACAGUUUAAGAGAGUCAUGGUUGCGUAUAAACAUGUUAAAAGAAUACAUAUCCACUGUUGUAAACUCUCAAUUCCUAAAGCUAUUGACUUUUCCCAGUCUUUAAGAAAUACAAAGAUCAAGGAGCUUGAUUUCUAUAGAUCAGGAAGUCCCAACUACUCUGACUGGAGAAGCAAUCCCCAAGAGUUAGCAUACCUAAUCUAAGGGUUAACUUCUUCUCCAGAUUUGAAGCAAAGUCUCAAGAAUAUACUUGUUGCUGACUGUGGGAUCCGAAAGAGUAAAAUCGCAGAUAUUCUGAGGAAAUAUGGAACUAAUGAUAUUAAAAUUUUGGCUUAAAAUUUACUAAUUUU